GACAAACUCAGCCUUCUGGAUGACAUAGAUGGUUGUAUGUAGGUAACAGGGUGGUUUCAGGGAUGGCAAAUUCACUUUAGAAAUUGUAAAAUGCCUAACGGUCUUCAGAACAAGAGAUUAGUUAGAAAAGGAAAGUGACAACUGUGUGUUUUCUGCAGGGCCGGUCAGAAAGUCUCUGGUUUCUCUUCAUCCCUGAGGUAUGGGAAGGAGGCCUUUUCAGGAAGAGCAGUUUAUUUUUGUGAAAGGGAUACUUCCUGAUUUCAAACAUUUGGAACUAAACUGGAACCAUUUUUCUUUCCUAUUUCUACGUUUUUGAGGUGUGUGUAAACCCACCAGCGCAGCAGCUGGGAGGACCCCUCAAAGCGGGGCGGGUUGGAUGAGUGAAUCCCAGAGGGUAGAGUCUUUGCCCAGAUUUGAAUCUCAUUUGGGUAAUGUUUCAGAGCCCUGGGUGGCAGAUUGACCAUUUAUUCAACGGUCCUUCAUUCACUCAUCCAGCCACUCAGCACAUCUUUACUGAGCACGUGCCCUGUGCUGUUCUAGGCGCUGAAGGAUAGAAGUGGACGGUUCUCUCCUCAUGGAGCUUAGUUUCCAGCAAUAAGCAAACGUGCUGCAGCGAAAGGCUUCUGGGCUUCUGGCCUGCCGGCGAGAUCUUCCCAACUUUCACAACCGGGUUCCUGCCUGACGCCCGUCUCUAGGGACGCACUCCCGCGGUUGGCAGGGCUGGGGCCCGGCGGAGUCUCGCGAGGAUCUGGUGACUUAUCGCGGUAGCGCCCAGCGGUUGCCGGGAAACGGCGUGGCUUCCGGGGGGCGGGCGCGUUGGUCCGGGAGUCGCGGCUGGGCCUGUCCGCUGGCGUCAUGGCACCCAAAAAGAAAGGGAAGAAAGGCAAAGCCAAAGGCACCCUGAUUGUGGAUGGGCUUGCUCCAGAGGACAUGAGCAAGGAGCAGGUGGAGGAGCAUGUCAGCCGCAUCCGGGAGGAGCUGGACCGCGAGCGGGAGGAGCGAAACUACUUCCAGCUGGAGCGGGACAAGAUCCACACCUUCUGGGAGAUCACACGGAGGCAGCUGGAGGAGAAGAAGGCUGAACUGCGGAACAAAGACCGGGAGAUGGAAGAAGCUGAGGAGAGGCACCAGGUGGAGAUCAAGGUGUACAAGCAGAAAGUGAAGCACUUGCUGUAUGAGCACCAGAACAACCUGACUGAGAUGAAGGCCGAGGGCACCGUAGUCAUGAAGCUGGCACAGAAGGAGCACCGCACACAGGAGGGUGUGCUGCGCAAGGACAUGCGGGCACUGAAGGUGGAGCUCAAGGAGCAGGAGCUGGCCAAUGAGGUGGUGGUGAAGAACCUACGGCUGAAACACACUGAGGAGAUCACCAAGAUGCGGAAUGAUUUUGAGAGGCAAGUUCGAGAAAUUGAGGCCAAGUAUGAUAAGAAGAUGAAGAUGCUGAGGGACGAGCUCGACCUGCGGAGAAAGACUGAGCUCCACGAAGUGGAGGAGAGGAAGAACAGCCAGAUCAACACGCUGAUGCAGCGCCACGAGGAGGCCUUCACCAACAUUAAGAAAUACUACAAUGACAUCACCCUCAACAACCUGGCCCUCAUCAACUCCCUCAAGGAGCAGAUGGAGGACAUGCGGAAGAAGGAGGACCACCUGGAGAGGGAGAUGGCAGAGGUGUCUGUGCAGAACAAGCGCCUGGCAGAUCCUCUCCAGAAGGCUCGGGAGGAGAUGAGCGAGAUGCAGAAGCAGCUCGCCAACUACCAGAGGGACAAGCAGAUCCUGCUUUGCACAAAAGCCCGUUUGAAAGUCACGGAGAAAGAGCUGAAAGACCUGCAGUGGGAGCAUGAAGUGUUAGAGCAGCGGUUCACCAAGGUGCAGCAGGAGCGGGACGAGCUCUACCGGAAGUUCACUGCAGCCAUCCAGGAGGUGCAGCAGAAGACAGGCUUCAAGAACCUGGUGCUAGAGCGCAAGCUACAGGCUCUGAGCGCUGCUGUGGAGAAGAAGGAGGUGCAGUUCAACGAGGUCCUGGCUGCCUCUAACCUGGACCCCGCAGCCCUGACGCUGGUGUCCCGCAAGCUUGAGGAUGUUCUGGAAUCGAAGAACAGCACCAUCAAGGACCUGCAGUAUGAGCUGGCCCGGGUCUGUAAGGCCCAUAACGACCUGCUGCGCACGUACGAGGCAAAGCUGCUGGCCUUCGGGAUCCCUCUGGACAACGUGGGCUUCAAGCCCUUGGAAACAGCUGUGAUCGGGCAGACGCUGGGCCAGGGCCCCGCGGGACUGGUGGGCACCCCCACGUAGCUGCCCCAUUGGGGGGCCACAGCCCAGAGAGCCAGCCUAGGAACACUCUGGAUGACAACCCCUUUCACACCAAGGACAGCAAGUUUUUUAGAUUUUAUCAUCAGCAAAUGAAAGCUUUUCACAUAUUCUUGCCAUCCUCAUUCCUGGCUCUGUGGAGGAGAACCACCUGCAGGACCCUCACCCAUGGUGUCCCUGUCGCUUCCUUCCCUGGGUGCAUGUCCAGGCUGUGUCCAGGCCUACUCCCUGGUCGCACCUCCGACCACAGUCAGCAGCACCUUCUCAGAGUGCCCCGCACUCACCGGGGGCUGGGGCAGUGCUGCACUGUGCUGCCUGUCUUCAUGCCACUGGUGUCCCAUCAAACGGACAGCUUUGCAGGUGCUGGCACUGACUUUAUUGACACCUGAGUCACAGCCGCCCAGUGGGAUUCUCCAGGGGGCCAGGACUUUCCCAGGAAUUGGUGACACCAGUGCUCCCCUGACGAGCAUGAAGCCCACGGGCUCUGUUGAGGGCUGGGUGGGUGCAGCCAGCGUGCGGGAAAGGGCCGGGCUCUGUUGAGGGCUGGGUGGGCGCAGCCAGCGUGCGGGAAAGGGCAGACAGCCUCCUGCUGCCAGUCUUCACUCUAGCUCCCUCGAUAGGUGGUGUAGGACCAGGGGCUCAGCAGCAGGGGCACGUGGAACUUCUGGGCAUUGCUGGUGAUGGUGAACACAACCUGAGACGGAGAGAGGGCCAGGAGAGUAUAAGGGGAUGGCAGCAAACCACCUAUCUGGCCCCAACACACCUGGGAGAAUUCAGUAGCCCAGACUGAGGAGGGUCUGGGAUGGGGCGAACCCUCUGCGCCAGAGGGAUACACCACAGAAGCUGCAGCCCAGUAAGUCACGUGCUUCUGUGGCGGCUCCAGUGUGGGGUGAGGCAGUGAGGUUAGGCCCAGAGAACUGGAGUUGGCUCAGAUGAAAACCUGUGUCAACAAAGAGGGCAUGAGUGGCCCAGCCUCCCCACAAAGCCUGACCCUGAGCAGGUCAGCGAUGGGUGUGUCCUCGUAGAGUCUAUUGCUGCCUGGACACCCUUCUUUUGGGAGCUCAAAGCAAGUGAGCUCAGCUACCUACCACCGCCAGGACCAGUCUGCCCACUGUCUAAAUGAUGCCCGGCCAGCAGGACCUGGCCUGCAGAUCCCAGUGAGUCACGGGCCUCAGGCCCUCCAGCCCACCGGGGCUCUCACCUCCACGUAUGGGUAGAAGCUUUCCUGCCCCCUCUUCCUCCAGUAGCCCUCAGUGUCGAAGGUGAGCUUGUAGGUGCCUGCCUUCAUCUGGUCCGGCAUCAGGAGUCCAGGGCAGCGGCCAUCUGGGUCUGUGUAGCUGGGGAGAGGAUGAGGCUGCAGAGAUGGGGAUGAGAAGCCCCCACCCCAGCUUUCCUGCGUCUGUACCCCAGUGGGCCUCAGACCCUGCCCUGCCACCUGUCAGACUUGGGUGAGCAGACACAGUGGGGCUGUCGGGGCCUGCAGUUCCCGAGCAGUCCAGGGGCACCACUGCCCUGUCUUUAGGAAAUCACAACACAGAGAAGCAAAAAAGGAAAAAGUCUCCCACAAUUGUUAUAGCUGGCAUGUAUUUUUCCAGAUUUUCUCUAUGCAUAUUUGUUUACAAACUUAUAAAGUUAUACUAUUUGUA